AGGGGUGAGAGAGAGUUGCAGUUUGAAAGUGAGAGCAAGAAGAACAGGACAGGCUGCAAAUACACAGAAGGAUGUGCAUUGACUGAACACUGAGAAACAGCAUUGAUGGUUAAUUGUAAGAUGUAUUGUAGGUAGGCUAAGAGAGAGAAAUAGUGCAAAAGAAACUUAUUGGAGAGUAAAAGUUAUGAGGCAUCAAAUUGCAGGAAAGUAGGAGGAACGGAAUAAAGAGAGAUGGGAACAGCGUUUAACUAAGAGUAAACUUAGCAAGAGACUGACACACAUAGUGACAGAUAGACACAGUGACAGUCACACACAGUGACAUAAACAAAAAUAGAGACUCUGUAUCUGGCAAAGCCAAGGAUGCACAGCAGUUGGCGUGUGAUGAGAAAGUGACAUAAUAGGACACUCUUCAAAAAGAAUAAGCUACUGCCUUGCCAAAGAUUGUAAAACUGACUGCCCUGGUGAAUCGAGAACCCCAGGUGUUUACAGAGAAAAGGAGACUCCUAAGGGAUAACGUACUACCCACAAGUGUUCAAGCAAAGAAGCGGCAAAAGGAAUUUUGGUAAAAAAAAGACACCGAUUAGAGCGUGGCGUGGAGUAGUGAGACCCCUCUGGAGAGUCAAAAGUUGAAAAGACCCCCUUCAAGUGUAAACGGAAACAGAAAGACGCCUGGAGUCUACUGACGAGGAGAAAGACCCCCAAGGACUGUACCAGCGACUACGAAGUUAACGGAGCCACUCACCCCAGCUGGUCCCUGGUGUCCCCCAAUUCUCACACGUAACUGGCAUGAUGAAGGGGGGAUACUGUAGCCUCUUGAUUUUGGUCUGUCUUCUCCAAUGGUUAGGAGGGCAUCUUUGGUCAGUUGGUGCCAAAGGGACAUAUUACCCUCCACCACCCGCUGGCAGAUUCAUCCACAGUUUAUACACCUCUAAUUCUCAUCCUCAACCACAAGGCAAACCCAUUGGCAAGCACAGGUAAGGCUGAAACCCUCAUUGUGUGUAGCGAAACCAUAUAACUUUUCUCUGAACAUUCCUAUUCCAGAUGCCAAGUACUUGGCAGUGCCCAUUGAAUAUAAUUACUGUGAGCAGUGGGUUCCUACGGCAUGUUAUACACAAACUUGACAGAGCUAGGCGAGGGAAAUAUAAACAUGAGCAACAAGUGCUCAUUAUGAAUUAACUUCACAGCAUGUCCUUUAUCAAUGCGUUAUUCAGUGUCAAUAAAUUAUACAGGAUUUACAUAAACUGUGACUGACCUUUCAGCAUUGCUAUAAUAUGGAAUAGAGAUCAUUACUUGGGUUUAUUUAGAUUUAUUGGGGCUGCAUGUUUUGAGUAACUGAAUAGCCCGUAGAUCUGUGAUUAUCAUCAUCUUUUUCUUUAGCUGUUGUGGAACUAUAAUUCGCGUGAUGCUUAGCAGUCUGCCUAUAAGAAGAGUGAAGCGACCAUGGCUGGCUGAGCGUUACAUGAGUUGCAGUUGUACAACUAAAUAUUGACUGCCAGUUGUGUUCAACAUAGCUAAACAUUCAUGUGUUUAUAUAAAACUUUUUUAAAAAGCAGGCAGUGUUAACUAUUCUGCAUUACAGUAUCAAGCAGUGUGUUCACUUUGUAUACAAACACCAUACUUCAUAUCAUUGUGUGGAGCAGCAUUUCACUCCCCAUCAUCGAACAUGAACAGGUACACAGAGCCAUGUUUGCUUAUAGGUGUACAGUGGCAGGUUCAGUUCAGAUACAUAAAGGGAAUCAACACAGUAUAGGAGGAGACUAUAUGUAAAAGAAAAAAAAAAUACCACAACCAGAGGACAUAGUCUUAAAUUAGAGGGACAAAGGUUUAAAAAUAAUAUCAGGAAAUAUUACUUUACUGAGAGGGUAGUGGAUGCAUGGAAUAGCCUUCCAGCUGAAGUGGUAGAGGUUAACACAGUAAAGGAGUUUAAGCAUGUAUGGGAUAGGCAUACAGCUAUUCUAACUAUAAGAUAAGGCCAAGGACUAAUGAGAGUAUUUAGGAAAUUGGGCAGACUAGAUGGACGUGUGUGCCGUCACAUUCUAUGUUUCUAUGUUUCUCAGUAUUUCUGUACAAUGCUGGAGUUUAUACGCUGCUAUUUAUUAUACCUAGAACUCAUCAAUAGUGAUUGCACAUUGCUUUUUCAGUCAGUCUGAUCUUUCUAGUAUUUGGUUCUUUCUAUGCAUCCCUCCCCUCUAUCCUCCUAAUUCAGCUUCACUUGGGCCCCAAUGGAUCACGCCAACAUUUCUCUUUUCAUUCAGGAAUUACUGUAUGUACGUUGUGGAGAAGAACAUAACGUGCACUAUGCAGGAUGGGACAGAGCCGUACAUCAAGGCUGAGUAUCUGAAAUGCAGCUGGGGACCCAAGUGUCCGGGCACCGUCGUGUGAGUACCAUGAUUUGAAUUAGUAACAAGUAAAAACCUUUACCCACAUGUGCAGCCUUGCAGAGUACUUCUUUAUUAAUACAGAAUAAUAUGCAGAGAUACUCCAAGUGGCGUGCAAGUCAUUAACUCAUUACUAUUGCAACGGCAUCAGAUCAUUAACUCCAAUAAUCAGACCCAAUAACUCAUUUCCACUAUUAUUAUUUUAUUAUUUAUAUAGCGCCAGCAAACUCCGUGGCGCUGUACAAUGGGUAGUACCUCUUAGCUCAGCACUGAAACUGUUAAAAAUCGCACAAGCACAUUCUCUUGCUCAGUCCUCACAGUCCUGUGCCGGAAGAUUAGGUACCCAAUGGAAUCCUGAUGAAUGCUUUCUUUAUUCAUUUCUUUUAACUGAUGUGGUGAGCUUGCUCCCAAUAAACACACCAAAGCUAGCAGUCUCUGGCGAGUUGUAUUCCUCAGACCUUGAAUCAUGAAGAGUGGGGAGUUCGGGUUUCUCUUUGACCCACUUACUAAUGUUUUUCUUACUGCUGUUUUGCAUUUAAAGGUACAGAACAUUAUUCAGACCCAAGUACAAGAUUGGGUACAAGGUGGUGACUGAAAUGCAGUGGCGUUGCUGUGCAGGACAUUCUGGGGAUUCGUGCCAAGAUGGAUUCCCACCUCAAUCUGGCUUCAUGCCCCCUUACAUGGGUCCCAAAGCUGCCCCAAACCAGCGACUCUUCCCUCCUCCCAAGAGCCCACCACAGUAUUCCAAACCGCAGGAAGAGACGUUUCCCGAUGUUCCAACACAAACCAAGAAAUCUGGCUAUGGUAAGUAAAUGUAUUCACUCUGGUAUGUUGAUUAAUAAAAAGAACCUGCAUAUUUACUGACAAAAAAUUACAAAGUAACUUUGUGACUUUAAUGCAAAUUUAGAAGAAAAAAAGCUAGUCUAUAUUGGCCUGUGAUCUGUUUGGAAUGUUUGAGAUUUUUAUGUAAUACUUUUUUAUAUUUAAUUGUAAAGAGUUACGAUUCAAUCAAAGAUCUAAAAACCUAAAUUAUCAUGUUAAGGCACAAGUUUGCAAGUGAAAACUCUUUAAAAAGUAACCACAAAAAUGUGUGCGACGCUAAAUAGUCUGAUGGAUGGGUUUCCUCAGAAAUACAACUGCCAAUCCUUGGAAUGUAUUUUAUGAACCUUGACUUAUUCCCAAGUUGGUAACUGUCUGGAAACUCAGUCGAUUUUCCGAGUUAUACCCCGUACCCUCUAUUUAGCUUCUAGUAUUCACUUAACAUUGAAUGUGGCACAAUUUCCUGAAUGUUGAUUCUGCCAAGUUCAAUGUUAAGUCUAGGAAAUAGCUACUGGGCUACAUUCCAUAUUUUCCGAUAGUGGCAACUUUUCAGUUGGAGGACUUUAUGUGAAUGGAAGCUUGCUUGAUCACUUAAACAUGUCAUACGCAGAUUUCGCCCUCAAUAAACUAUAGCAGACUUUCCAAUAAUUACCUUAAAAAACUGGGUCAAGACACUACCCAAUGAACUUGAAGCAGGCUGCUGGCUGUCCUUGUCUCCCUUUUCCCAGUCUGUGCGGGGUGUACUGAAAACCUUGUUUUCUCCUCUGCUAGGCUUUAGGUCAUAAUAAUAUUUUUGUGUAUGGAUACACCUCUCAUGUUGAACCUCCGUAUUUCUCUCCUUUGGCUCAAGACAGUCCCUCUGCAUAGGGUAAUGUGUGAUAACUUUCCGUGGGACUCUGGACACCCUAAAGGUCUUUGUUGCAGGUCCAAUAACAGUUAGCAAUACCCUGCAGUGCAGCCAGUUGCACUUACUGAACAGAAAUGAUGUUUUAUAUUAUGGUGACAUAUUUUGAUGAUACUUUUGUAGAUGCAGAUUUUCACAUUUACUCCUACUAAUAAUACUAAAUAUUUCUGUAUCAAAGCUGAUAUGUCAAUUUUGGGGGUCUUUGCAUAUUUUGCAAAGACAUCAAAAUGAACAAAUCCAGUGUGGGUAUGGUGGCUGCGGGUGCAGGGGAGGUGAGCUAUACUUUAUCUGACCGUCCUUUUCGUCUCCUGGUGGUUCAGCUGCCAGGAGCUAUGUCACUGCUGUACUGUAGAUUUGGAGGAGAUCGUAGAUUUGUCAUUAGAAAAAGCCUGGAUCCCACAGCUUUCAUUAUCCUGCUGAAAAGGGCAACUGCCAUCUGGGAACACCAUUUCUAUGAAGGGGUGUAUGUGCAAGAAUCUCUAGGUAGGUGGUAUGUGUCAAAGUUACAUCCACAUGAAUUCCCGAACCCAAGGUUACUCAGCGGAACAUUGCCAGGAGCAUAACACUGCCUCUGCCUGCCUGCCUGCCUUCAGUGCAUCCUGCUGCCAUUUCUUCCCUUUGACACACCCGGGAAUCCACCUGAUCUAAAAGAGUAUGUGAUUCAUCAGACCAGACAACCUUCUUGCAUUGCGCCAUGGUCCAGUUCUGACGCUCACAUCCCCAAGCCUGGACAAGGGUCAUCAUGGGCACUCUGAGAAGUCUGCUGCACCGCAAAUUGUGUGUUCUGACACUUUUCUAUCAUGGCUAGCAUUAAAGGGACACUGUAGGCACUUUACCAACUACAUCUUAUUGAAGUUGUUAUAGUGCCUGCAGUCCUGCCCCUUCCCCAUCCUACCCCACAAAAAACAAUAUUAAAGUAAUAAGAAGGCUUGGAAGGGCAACUUCAAUCCACGUCUCCAAGCCCUCUGGAUACAAGAGCAGGGAAUCUUAUUUACUGCUUCCCAUACCGUAACAUACCGUGAUGUCACGCACGCAGGGUGUGCCGUCAUGGUCGGCCAGAGAAAAUCAUCAAAUACAAUUAUUCUCUAAGGAGGAAUUGUAGGGACAUUGCGGUGAGUGCCGUGCAUGUGCCCAUGUUACCCAAUGCUCCUCUAUUAACAAUAAUGAAUUGGCCUGUCAUCCACUACCGGAGGAGAAAAUUGCUGCAGCGCCGAGUGAGAAUUGGCGUUGGAGAAAGGGUUAGUAAUUUGUUUAUUUAUUUAUUUCGUUUUCAUUUUUGUUUAGAUUGGUAAGGGGCAAAAUGCUAAGGGGCACCAAUAAUGUAGGGUUAGGAUACAGAUAUGUAUUCCAAAACGCUACACUGUUCCUCUAAGUUUUUUCCUCAAUUUGAGCUAUAGUAACUCUUCUGUGUGAUCAGACCAGAUGGGUUACCCUUCACUCCCCAUUUCCAUCAAUGAGCCUUUGGCGCACGUAACCUAGACGCGGUUCACCGGUUGUCCUUCCUUGCACCACUUUUGGUAGGUACUAAUCACUGCAUACCAGGAAAACCCGCACAAGACUUGCCUUUUUUAGAUGUUCUGACCCAGUCAUCUAGCCGUCACUAUUUGGCCUUUGUCAAAGCCACUCAGAUUUUUUUAGCUUGCCCAUUUUACCUCCUACCAACACAUGAAAUUCAAGAACUGAUUGUUGACUCGCUGUCUAAUAUUUCCCACCACUUGACAGGUGCCAUUAUAACCAGAUAGUCAAUGUUAUUCACUUCAACUGUCAGUGGUUUUAAUGUUGUGGAUGAUCAGUGUAGCUCUGGCUUAUGUUGGAAUGCCAGUGAAAUUCCAAUGCAGUCUUAAUAAUUAUAUCAUAAAGAUGAUAUCUUUAUGAAAUACUAAAAAGUGACAGAGCCGCUUUAAAUAAAAAAAUGUGGUACUAUGUAUAUUUCAUUUUAUUUUUGGAAACUCCCAUUUUGUGCCAAACUAAUGUGUUAGCUAUGCAGCACAUGUUUGAAACAUAUGUUCUUUUCUUUUUUAAUGAACUGAACGUCAAAGUAAAAUUAUUAAAUGAUUAAAUUUGGGAGCAUCCGAUCAUCUUAAGUAGAGAAAGUCCCAGUCUGUUUACUAAAAUAAAUGACAUCAAAGUUUGAGAGUAAACUUUUUAAGCUGUCAAAUUCUUGAUUUUAUCUAACAUAAGAUCAUACUAACAUACUGCAUAUUAGUCUGUUCUAAAUUGUUUACUGUGUAAUGGGCAUUGAGUAGAACCCUCAGAAAUAUUAUCAAAUGAUUGUGACAACAGACUACAACCCGCCGCUUCACUUUAGAACAGUAUGGUAAAAAAUAAUUUUUCAUAUUAUUUGAAUUGUGGGGAAUAGCAGAGCGUGGUUUAGGUCUGUCCCAAUUUCCACUUUUUUUUGUUUUGUUUUAUAUUUUCACAGUGAGAAGACGCCAGCGGAAGCGCCUCUAGUGGCUGUCAAUGAGACAGCCACUAGAGGCUGGAUUAACCCAUUUAUAAACAUAGCAGUUUCUCUGAAACUGCUAUGUUUACAGCUGCAGGGUUAACCCUAGAUGGACCUGGCACCCAAACCACUUCAUUAAGCUGAAGUGGUCUGGGUGCCUAUAGUGGUCCUUUAACUGCUUAGUUUACAUCCUAAGAAGACAGUCACCUGUAUUGGCUUUUAUAGAUGUGGUAAUAGGUAAGGCGCCAAACCAGUGGUCCAUCAUUGUCCCUUUGCAUUUUUGCCAUUAGACCAUACUUGCCUUUUAACAACUUCUUUUCUCCCACCCCAACUCAUGCUAUCCUGAGAAUAUCACAAUUACUACAUAUUAUUAUUUUAUUAUUUAUAUAGCGCCAUCAGAUUCCGUAGCGCUGUAUAUAUAUUAUCAUGUAAACAUAUAAUUAAGGAACAACAAUAUGCCAUUUACAAUUUGAGCCUUAGUGAGCCUAUGCUAGAAUGGAAUUCCAAUAUGGUCCUAAUAGCCUAAUCAUUACUCAUUAAUGGGUUAAAGUGACUAAACACUAAGGGUUUGAUUAAUAUUUUAUAGUGUGUUGUGGUUGGUGUAAUAGUGUUUAAAAGAAGAAACUAAAUCUUUCAUUAAACCAUUCAGAUGUAGGUAACAGACAUUUUUAUUUAACUAUGGGAUCUCUUAAGAAGCAGAUGUUAUUUUUAAAGAGAUACAUUUGUUAAAUCAUAAACUAUUCAGGCCCCUUUCAUUGACUCAAAACUUGACUUAACUGCAGUCAAGAUAUCCCACCUUUUGGCUGUUAUAUAUCUACUUUCUGCAACCUCUAAAUAAAAUAUGGUUCAAAUGAACUAACCUCCUGGCAUCAAAUCUCCAGUAUUAUUGACACACAGUUUUAAGUUAGCUAUAUGUAAGUCAUACUAUAUUAGUGACUUGGAAACAGUGGUCUCACAAUGGCUCAGACUUUAGUAAAUAUCUUCAAUGGACAGAAUUGGUAAACCCCUAUAUCCUAAACCAUUGAUGGUGUAUCUGCUCGAUGUGACAAUGCAUAGCUGAUUACUGCCUCAAAAUUGACAUACUUCAUGGCCAAGUCAAACUGACAUAUAUGAACCAAUGGCAACAGAUAUAUAUGCCAGAAAAUUGUUAUUUUUUUUAGGUACAUCAUGUGCAUUUUCAACUGUGAUUCAAUGUGAUGUCAUAUAUUAUUAUUAUUCCCCAGAAAUGUUAGGCACGUAAAUAGCAACAAAAAUAAAAUAAAUAAUUGCUGUUGUUUUAUGUGUUUCUCAAAGACUUUGUUCUUAUUUCCCAACAAGGUCGAAAGUUGUCUCCUGUUUUUGGAGAACGUCUGGAACGAGUGGAAGAAGAGGUCCGUAGACUAUCUCAGUCCUAUGAGAGCCUACAGGGAGUGGUGAACAGCCUUGGGGAUUCACUUCGUCUCACAAUCCAGGAGGACACAAGCAAGAUGAUUGGUUCCCUAGUGAGUGGACCAAGUUCCUCAUCACAUUCUUCAGUUGGAUUCGGGGUAAUCUCUGAUACUCUAGCUGAAGCCCCACACGUAACUGGAGACCUUUCAGGUCGAGUGGCUGAGGUCAGUGAAAUUCUACGUUCCAAAACAGAGUUGCUAGAGGAGGUGAAUGGUAUGGUGAUGGGACAUGAAGCACAGCUACAACACCUACUGGAGGCUGCAAGGCCUUCUCCACUCACUUCUACUGAAUUGCUUGAGCAAUAUCUAGAGGGCAAGUUAGCAGAGUCCCGUGCACAGCUUCUGGAUGGACUGGAAGCACGUUUGCAGAAGAUCCAAGGUGCUUGUGAUGUCAAGGUUGAAGCAGCGAGAAAAGAAUGCCAGGAUGGAGAUUAUGCAUCGGGGCAGAAAAUGCAGCAGGAAAUGGAUGGGCGUGAAGUAAAGAUGAGAGAGGAAAUGUCUGAAUUAAAUGCCAGAGUGCAGGGGCUUAGUGCUCCUGAGGGCUGCUGUGGACGUUUGGAUGAUCUAAGCAGACGGGUGGAUGAACUAGAGCGUGGAAUGCAUCAGCUAACAGAAGAGCAUCAUGCUUUGAGCCAGAGGUUUGAUAUGGAGUUGACAAGGCUUGUGAUGGAGCCUCAAAUUAGUGUAAGAUUGGAGGAAGUGGAAGGAAGGCUCAAUCUCACUGAGGAAGGUAUUAUGAGGUGCUGUCAAGAGGGAGGAGAGAAAAGUGAGAUACUUACAGAAUUGGAUGGAGUAAGAGUCUCUGUGGAUGACAAACUGAGAAUAUUGGAAGAGAGACUUCUCACUGCUGUGGGAGAACUAAGCAAUGCUUCUACACCAUUCUCUGUGGAUGGGGCUGUAAUGCCACUACUUGAAGCCCAGCUUAUAGGUUUAAAGAAGGAAGGUAUGGAAGGCUUAGCAGGUUUAGAAAACAGGAUUGCUGCAGUUGAGGACCUUUGUGCUGCUGGAUGUUCAAUACCUAAUGGAGAUUCCCUGCUGGAGAUCCACAGUGAUCUUGCAAAGUGUCAAGAGCAGAAUCAGGAUCUCCGAUCUCAAAUGGGUCACCUCAAUAACACUAUUGUGGGCAUCAAAAGGCAGCUACAAAGACAGCAGGAAGAAGCCUUGCAAGGUGAGAUCACACUAUUACAGGUUAACCUGCGGAAUGUAGGACGUUCUCUGCAUGGCCUCGAGGAGACUGUUACUAGGUAUGCAGAUACUGUCAUCCAGGUUAACUCCACUGCAGAGGAACGAGGGAGCAGGCUAAAUGAGGAAAUUCAUGUAAUUCAUAAUCAAGUGGAAGGGCAGAGCUCCCAAAUCCGUUCCGGCAGGGCACAAUUGCUUGGACUGCGAGGAGACAUGGAAAGGAUGAAGGCACGGCUUGCAGGGCAGUUGGGCAGCUGUCAGCACGUAGCUCGGGAACUGCAAGGGGAAGUAGCCCAAUUUGAACGAAGAGUUUCACAGGUGGAGAGCACUUGUGGAGGACAGGAGGAAACUUUGUUUAGUUAUCUGGACCAUGUCAAUAGUACUCUGGCAGCCCAUGAGCAUGGUCUAAUAGCGCUUAGACAUGACCUGGGUAAAAUCACUCAAGACGUAUCAAACUUCCAGCCAUCACCAAGCACUCAAUCCACCUCUGGAAGGAAAUAGCACUUGAGGCUGAAGGAAGUAAAAGCUGUAAAAACUGAGAAAGCUUCAGGAACCAAUGCCUUUUAAGGUGGAGAUAAACUUUGAAAUACAUAAGGCCCAGAGGGCACGCAGGGGAUAUCCAAUGUAUAAUGGGCAUUGAUCCUUUGGUUCUGGGGCAGCUAUGUGACUAUUCCAUACCCUGCGUAAAGGCCUGUGGCUGUGUCAAAGACAGUGGGAGUGCAGGGAGACAUUUGGUGCUUGGGCAUUAUUAACCUACCAGGGAGAUCUGACUUGAUUUUCUGAAAAGCAAUGCUACAUUUAAUACACGUGAGACUUUGCAGGCGAUUGUAUACCGUCUCAUCAUGGUGUCAUGUAGUGUUUUAAACCUACAGCUACCCCUUAGUCCAUAGCGCUGUUGCAAACCAGUGAUGUUUGGACUCAGCCAGCCUUGGGCUUUUAUUUAACCCCUUAAGGACACAUAACAUGUGUGACAUGUCAUGAUUCCCUUAAGGGGUUAAACAAGAUUAAAAAAAAUUCCAAGUUGCGAUCCCACGUCUAUCUGCCGCAGAGGCAUGAGAACAACAUUUUGCAGUAACAGUAUUAUUUAUUGGCAUAACCUUGAUUUUUUUUUUUUUUAAUAAAAACAAAACAAAAAAAGAUAAUGGUUUUUCAACCAAAAUCAGGGACCACUUGUGAUUGGUAUUUUAACGAUAUCCCCACUGGAACAGAGUUGAGUAAUCACUAGAUCCUGGGUUCAGAAUCAAUGCACUAGACUAUUGAUAUGCCUGAGAUUAAUUCUUCUUUGAUGGAUUUGACCAAAGAAAAAUAAUUGCAUGCAUGGCAACAACGGGCCUUUAUUAUUAUAUUAUAAAACCUCGCUGUAAUAUAUAUAGUAUAAUAUUAUAGCGAGGUUUUUCAUUGAUUGUACAUUUGCUUUUGUAAAAAUCCCUUUUCAGAUACGUGCCUGUUCCUCGCUAGGUUUUCUUUCCAAUGCUUAAUUGAAUGACUAGUAAUAAUCUGCCGCUGCUCAGUUAGUGACACGUUUGGCUAACCAUUAUGGGUAUUGUAGAAGCUUGUAGCGUGGCUCUGUUCUGCUACUUACUGUAUGAGUCAUUCGGCUUGGCUUAGUAUCACGGGAAACUCUUUAGACUUUUUAGACCAAUGAUGAACUUUUGGCACUACUGCUGUUGUGGACUGUCAUAUCUAGUCAUUAAUCCACGAGCCUAUUCCGCCACCUUCUGGACUCUGUUGGAAUUGCAGAACACUGAAGGUAUAUGUUGGCUAGCAAAGUUAUUCACUAAAGUAUGAAUUCAAAGUGGAUUCCAAAAUAAUUUCAAAUUUAUGGCCUUUGAAAUUUGAAUUUGAAAUUAACUCUUAUUUCCCCUUGAAUUCUAACUUUGAAUAAUUGUGCAAAUUGUCUAAUUUUAUAUAAAAUCCCAGGUAUAUCCUUUUCCUUUGUCUGCAAAAAUGAAUAUUUAGGAGGAGAUUUAAGAAGUCAAAAACAGCUGUUGGUUGGGGUAAAGUGCUAAAUAAGGAGCAAUCACCAUGACAAUAUUUCUUAACAGUUAGUAGUUUACACCCAAAAUAGCACGUAUUUUGCCUUGAUAAUCACCUCCUUCCCAUUUAGAACUUUUGGUGCUGGCAAUUUAAGUAGUUAAAAUACUAAUGUCCUUCUUGCGGAGAAUUUAUUAUGUUAAUUCACGUUUAUACAUUUCAGUGUUUUUAACCUAGGUCUGCAAGGCACACAUUGAGUUUUGAGGUAUUCCUGCAUUAGCACAGUUCCCACUGAGGACAAUUUAGUCAUGAAACCAGUCCACCAGUCAUGAAAAGAUCAAGUUUUUUUUUUUUAACGAAUGGUAGCCAACAUUUGAAUACAAACUGCAUUGAAAGUAAAUGAUCAGCUCGGUGUCUUAUCCCAUGGUCGGGGACAUCAUUUUAUUUAAAUUGUAUUAAAAUUAUACAGCAGGGAUUUCAAAUCUUAUCAGCCGUGCUUGAAGACUGAAUUGUGUUACUUGGUCUAAACACUAUGGGGGCUAAGUAUAAGAAGCAAUUUUGCGAAAAGCUGAACAAUCCCUCCGCAAAUCAACGGGAUGUUCUUACCGAUUACUCCACUUAAAACUUUGCCCCCGUAUUGCCCAUUCUAUAUAUUCUUUGUUCUAUUGAUCAUAUUGCGCACGACUGUCUUAAAUAAAUGGCAACAUAAUUAUAUCAUAAAGAUGAUAUGGUCAUUCGUGGACAGAUGGGCUAUGAAAUUAUUUUUCUGAUACAGGAGUUUUAAAUUGGAGAGCCAUAAGAACACAGUGUUUUCAGGAUACCACUUGAAAUGUUGCGAAAUUUAGUGGUAUGCAGAAAAACUGUAAAACCUCUGGCAGGAGGAGAGAUGUCUAGGAUGCAGAUUGACACUCCCGCACUGGUUCUCCUGCCAAUAUCAACAUUACCACCGCCAAAUCUUUGACAAUUUAUAGACACAUAACAAAAAAUAAAUGCAGGCCUGAUGACGGUAAUCCUGUGUGUCUCUGUUUUGUUAUGUUAUUUUUUUUUUUAAAGAUGUUUAACAUUAUUUUUAAAUAUGAACUGUAAAAGGUAACAGCAGCCGGAAACAAGAUUGUGAUUUGUUUUGUAUUUUUUAUUUUGGUUGUUAAUGGUCCUGAGAAAUAUAACGUGUAUUGCUGUUUUCUAGGUUCAAUAGAAAUUAAAAUAUUUUGCUGGAGUGAAAUAAACCUAAUAUUGGUCAUCUGUGAAACUAUGCAUUUUCUUAAUAUCUGUUUAUUAGGAGGAGGUGGGUGUCCUGAUGCCUGUGUAUUAAGAGAAGGCGAGAGGUGUGUGGUCCUAAUGUCUGUAUAUUAGGAACUGUAUUUUAUGUUUCUGUAUAUGAAACUCCUAAUGAAUCCUCUUGCAUCUCCCGGUUAUCAGCCAGGCAGUUGUAAAGUUUGGCAAGUUUAGCUCCGUGGAGCUAAACUCAAGUCUCUGGCAUUUACCCUGCUUUUGAAAGACUUCUCAAUGUGUUUAAUACAACUUGUUGAGGAGUCUGUGAUUAGACAGCUGCACACAUGCUCGGCUGUUCCACAAGGCUUCUCAAUUAGAAACCUCUGAUUGGGUAUUCUCCAGCAAUGAUGAGAAAAGUUUGUGUCAGGGGAUAAGGGGAGGGCCUACAGUAGCUGCAGAUUCUAAAUCUGCAGCUAUAUUUGUAUAUAUCCGCAAAAGAAACAUACAAAAUUAUUAUUUACAUGCAUGUUUUCUUGGGGGUAUAUGUAAUAAACUGUAAAAAAUAUUUUUUUCCCCCAUUCGAAUAUUUCUUUAAUGAUUAUAGCUGAGCAGACAGAAGCAUUGCCAGUUCAUCUUCAUCGAUGGUGGCCACAGUGUCCUUCCAGUAUAAAAAGUGAUUGAAUUCCGGUAAGUGUACAUCAGAGAUCGAGCAGGACAGGGAAGGAAACAUGACAUUCACCAGCUCACACAGCCCAGAAUACCUAUGGUUGGAAGUAUACAGGUUUGCAAAUGAAAGGAAAAAAAACAAUGAAAAAUAGAGUUAGUGAAAAAGAUGGAUAAGAAAAAAACAAUGUGUGCUGAAAAUCUACAGAAAUACAUAUCUGAAAUACUUUAUAAAUAUUAAAGUUAAUAACAUAUUGUGGUUACAAAUUUCCCUUUUGAUGUAUGAAUGCGCAGAACGUAUUGCAUUACUUUGAAAUUAGUUUACUGUUGCAAAAAACGACUUCUAGAAUGUAAUGUGUGGAUUAGAGGAACACUCCAAGCACCAUAAUCACUGCAUUGCUCUGUAGUGGUUAUAGUGCAUACCUGCCCACCCAUUGUAACUGUGUUAGAAUGGUUUGAUCUCUUACCUGGGGUCCAUCUGGUGCCUUUCCCAACCUCCCCUACUGACGAUGGAAAUCCACAUGCUCUUUAACAGGAGCUUCUGUUAGAUCUCCUGAGCUAAGCCCUAUAGUGCUAGGCUUAGUUCAGACAGGGCGCCAGAAGCUCUUUGUCUGCAAUAGUGGAGGUGGGGAGUGGCGCCCAGCACACCACAGCUAAGAAGCCCAACCAUUCAAGAACACUCCAGGGCAUUCCGAGCACCAUAACCACCACAGUAGUAUGUAGUGGUUAUGGUGCUUGCAAUGAAUUCUAUAGGUCAAGCUUUAUAAUUUUUUAAUGCUUAUGAUUUAUCAACAUUUCACUGUAUUUUUGGAAAUUCUAAAAUAUAUAUAUAUAUAUAUUUUUUUUAAAAUACCUUUUCCCUGACAUGCUGCACAUAACAGCUUGCCAGAGAUUUUGAACUAAAAUGUUAUCUGGCUUCCUGGAUGAAGAUCAAUCUGUGUGAAGAGCAUGCUUUUUUAUGAGUGUCACUCAUUUCAAGCGGUUAGUAAAUCUCCCACAUCUAAGAUAUAAUCUAUUUCAGUUUGCAAUGCUCUCUUAACCUAUUGCAGACUGAAGUGCCAGUUAGAAUUUGUGCACAAUGUGAUUACUGUCACUGUUACGGAAUGUAGCAUGGGCUGUGAAAAUGCUGUUUAGUAGAGGUUAUGAAAGCACAUGUAAAUGUGAUUUAUAACACUGGCUAUUUCAAUUUGCAAUUAGUACAUCUACUGUAAAGUACUGUACUGUACAUCCACAGACCCCAAAUAAUACACGUACAAAGACAGAGAGAUAAGACACGACAGACUGAUCUCCCGUUCAAAGGCAUUAAAAAGUCCCCUCCACACAAAGCCAGGGAUUACAGACCCCUUAUUCCCCUCAGUGCUGAGAGCCCACAAGGCAUUGCAGCUCUUAGUGCCUCCUCUAUUCUCUCCUCCAUCCAAACGUUUCUCUCCUUGACACUCCAAACUGGGGGCAAACAAAAUAUAUGAUUACAACUGGCCUUUUAGUUUGCGAUUGCAACUGAAAUGCUGGUUAGAAUUAUAAAUCUCUCCCUGACACACAUGCACUGGUCUUCUAAAAGGUGCUAUAAUAGCCUGGUGCAGGAAGAAGACCAUAGGUACAAGGUGAGAGAUGGGGUGAGUAGAAUCAGUUUCUACAGGUUCAUCUGAAUCAAAAUCCUUUUAUUCUACACCCAAACAAAACAAUUUGGCUGGGAUUUACCUGUGGGUCUUAUUCAAUGAAAAAGCCUAGAGAGCAGCAAUACAUUUACUUUACUUUGGCAGAAAAUACGUAUAUUUGAACACGCAAAAAAUAAGGCAUGUUAAUGAGGCCAAAUCCUGUCACAUGCAUUAAAGUUGUUUUGGUGCCUAUAGUGUCAUUAAGUGGGUGAGGACUCCGUAAAGUAGCAUGAGACCCAACUGGGGUCCUAACUGUGGGGUUUAAGUGGCACUGUCACAGUUUUGGGACUGUGACAUCGCUGCUGGUGGACCGGGGAGGGGAGGGGGAAGGUAAAGGUGAGAUUACUUACCUGAACCUGUCCUUCAUGGGCACCACCAUCUUGGCUGCGCUGCUCCUUUUGAACUCGCCAGGAGCAUACGUCACUGCUGUGCUUUCGCGCAUGCACAAGACUAUGUCAUUGAGGUUUGUGGUGAAUGACUGCAUGAUCCUCCAUAGACACAGCCAAUUGAUACAUGGGCUCCACCUUGUGUCAGGCAGAGGAGAAAUACAGAGACAUAGUAGUCCCUACUUUAUCUCUGUAUAUCUCUUGACUGGGUUGGAAUUUUAGUGAAAUUCCAACACAGUCAUAAUACGUAUUUCAUAAAGAUUAUAUAGUUAUGACAUUUUUAAUAUGGGGCUAACAGUGCCGCUUUAGAAACUACUGAUUUAGACAGGCAUGCAUAUAGGGUUGUCAGAUUCCACUGUACGUUUUGUCAUUAUACCCGUUACUGUAUGGGUAUAAGUGUAUAAACUGCUGUAGAAUCAGAUGCCUCUGCUUGCCACUGCACAAUGGGAGGAACAACUGACCCAAGCCAUAUACUCCUGUCCAACCAGUACAUGCACUUGAAGCUCCAUAUCACAUUCUUCCACACAGUCAGGUAUCGCAUCCCCUAUCACAUACUGCCACCCGGCAUCCUGUCUUGCCAUUUGUAAACCCCAACCCGCCAAGUCACAUAACACAUCCCAAUUCUCCCGCCAUUCAUAGAAACAUAGAAUGUGACGGCAGAUAAGAACCAUUCGGCCCAUCUAGUCUGCUCAAUUUUCUAAAUAGUUUUAUUAGUCCCUGGCUUUAUCUUAAGUCUAGAAUAGCCUGAUGCCUAUCCCACGCAUGCUCAAACUCCUUCACUGUUUUAACCUCUACCACUUCAGUUGGAAGUCUAUUCCAUGCAUCCACUACCCUCUCAGUAAGACAAUACUUCCUGAAAUAAAUUUUAAACCUUUGCCCCUCUAAUUUAAGACUAUGUCCUCUUGUUAUGGUAGUUUUUCUUCUUUUAAAUAUAGUCUCCUCCUUUACUGUGUCAAUUCCCAAUUUAUUAAUGGGUUAAUCCAGCCUCUAAAGCCUCUAGUGGCUGUCUCAUUGACAGCCGCUAGAGGCGUUUGCGUGCUUCUCACUGUGAAAAUCACAGUGAGAAGACGCCAGCGUCCGUAGAAAAGCAUUAUGAAUGCUUUCCUAUGAGAUAGGCUGAAUGCGCGCGCAGCUCCUGCCGCGCAUGCGUAUUCAGCCGAAGAUGGGGGAGAGGAGGCGGAGAGGAGGAGGAGAGCUCCCCGCCCGGUGCUGGAAAAAAGGUAAGUUUAACCCAUUUCCUUGCCAUCCAGCCCAGCGGGAGUGGGACCCUGAGGGUGGGGACACCCUCAGGGCACUAUAGUGCCAGGAAAACGAGUAUGUUUUCCUGGCACUAUAGUGGUCCUUUAAGCUGAAGUGGUCUGGGUGCCUAUAGUGGUUCUUUAAUUAUCUUUACUAGAAAAAUAUGUAGAAAGAGGUGUGUAAUUCAGCUGGAAAAAAACACCCCCAAAACAAACUUGCAUCCAGAUGCCACUACCCCUUGGCUCACUAUACACUUAGAUACACGUAUUUGGAACAAAUGUAAGGUUACCUUAAUAUAUAUAUAUAUAUGUAUAUAUUUGUAUUUUUUUUUUUUUUUUAAAUGUGUCUAUUAGCUUUUUUUGAACAUUAUUAAAAAACAAAACAUCUUUUAGCUAAUUUUUGCAAAAGGGAAAACAAAAAUUGCAACCCUGCUGUGAAACACAUUAUGCUGUGAACAUUUUGAAUAUACAUCUAACUAGUCCCCCCAACCCCCCACUUCCCCAACAAAUUCCUAAGGUUCACUUAUUGAGAGAGCCAAGAUGUUUCACAUCUCAGGAUAUACAAAACUGGAGAGAGAAAAAUACUCCCACCAAAUUUGUAGUGGUUGUGGGCUAACACAGGGCCUAACCAAGAGAAAGCAGAUAAUAGAGAGGGCUUGAAAACAGGUCUGCAAGGAGGCACACCUGGUUCCAGUCCUAUAACCCUAAUGGAAAUUACUAAGUAAAGGUAAAAACUUUAUUGUCCAAUAUAUAAACACAUCUAAAUAUCCCAGACACCAAAAAAAGUGAAAAAAUAAUAAUAAUGAAAAAAAGGAGAUGAUAGUAAGUAUAAGAAUAGGACCAACUACUGUGUACACAUGUGUGCAAAGCGUACUAAUUACAAAAUAGCCAGGUAGUGAUACUGAUGAAGUGGAAACAGUAUCUGAGGGGAGAUAUACAGUAUAUACAUAGGUAGAUGCAAUAAGGUAACCCUAGUCAUACUGGCCAAGUGGCAACAGAAUGGCUAUAUCUUAUAACUAGUCAAGCUCAAAGUAAUGUCAAUCUGUCUGUGUGGCUCCAAGUACAGCAGGAUCAAAUAGGUGUCUGGCUUGUCAGAGAGUAUCUGCGAAGUCCACAGCAGACCCCAGAUAAAAUAGAAUCAUGAUCGGGAAAACUGACAGUGGAUAACAUAAAAGAUUAGAUUGCUCUCCCCUAUUAUGAUCGUCUCUGACAGCACCUAAAUGUAGGUAACUGAGCGAACAGUUCGACCCUGAUAAAAUUCAGGGCAUAAGUUUUAAAGAGUAAAAAACAAAACCGGCUUGAAUAAACCUAUAUAGUGUUAGGUAUUUAAAAUCUGAAGUAGAUAUUUAGUAGAUAACCCCCAAAAAACAGGUUCUAGGAUAAGGUAUAGCAUCCAGUAUACUACUGCAGAUCCCUAAAUGGACUCUUAAAAUAGAUAGUGCACUAAUAAAUCUCUGGGUAAAUCACAGGAUAGAUUAUUCAGUACUGUGCUGGAAGAGUCCCACUAGAAUGGAUAGAGUAACUGAAUGCUUAUCAUAUUUGUAGUGUCUGGUAUUGCUCAGGUAUGCUGUGCUAAGCUUAAGGAGUAGUUAACAACUGAACAACUGUGUGCUUAUCAUGCUUGUAGUAUCCAGUAUCGCUCAGGUAUGCUGUGCUUCAACUGGAGGAGUAAUGAAGUGCUAGAUAAACCUAUAUCUGAGAUAGACCCAGAACCCUAGGGUAAAAGUAGCUGCAGAGCGGUCUAAAUCUAAAAACCCACAGAAAUGUGGACUCUACCGCAACGCGUUUCGGCGCUACGAUGUGCCUUUGUCAAGAGUAUCACAAUUACAUAGUUUCAUAAAGAUAGAGAUUAUGUGAACAUAAUGUUUAAGACCCCUGGGACGUGAGGAUUCCCCAUUUACUGUUUCUGGCAUUCCUAAUUAAUUCACACUCUUGUCUGUGCCCUAUCACACCACACAAAGCACUUACGAGGACUUAAAGCAUAGGUUCACAUCCUGAGUCAGUUCUCCCUUUGGGUUGACGGUGAAGAUACGUACUUCGGGUACUCCCACCUCCUUAUAAGCCACAACGUCCUACAAAGGAAACAGCGGUGUAAGAGGAAGGUGGUGAUGGGGCAUUUAUUUUGAAGUAAAAAAGAGGGACAAGUAUAGAAAGAUGGGGUUGAUUUUAGAUAUGAGAGGAAAUAAAGGGCAAACACAUGAAUCUGAUGUUGUUGUUUUUGUUUUUUUCUAUCAUCUCCCUGUGGUUUCAUGCUAAAUACUUUUUAUUUUCAACACCAAGAUCACUUCAAGUAUAUUUGCUAAGAGUUCCUACGGAGAUCUGUGGAUUUUAAAUAUCCUUUUUUUGCGUGCGUGUUCCUUUAACUCACAUUGGGCCUGUUCCCAAAGGCUGCAUAAAAAGGUUGAGGGUUCGGAAAGAGCUGUCUGAUGUCAGAGAGACAUGAAAUCUUAAAACGCUCUGGUGUCUUCUCUAUGACCUCCCUGCAAAAUAAUAAAACACAGUCAGGGGUCGGUGAAUGUGAGAAAUGUGUGGAAAAAUAAAUGAAUGUAUAGAAUACACAGAGUUACACAUACCAUCAUUACAGCACGAUUCGGCAGUCAAGCCAUGAUGGUUUUAUCUGCUGUACUCACCUAUGCAGAGCAGUAAAGAGGCUGCUGGGAGAUAACAGUAACGGUCCAAGGGGAAGGGUAAGACCUCCUUCAUUUAUCCUCUGAAGAAAGUUCUUGGUGAGCUCGGCCAGACCCACUGAGCGUGCAGAGCAAUACACAAACUUGUAUCCAUUCCUAGGAGACACAAGUGGAGUCAACGGUUGGGCACAUUGGAAGCAAGUGAAUCAGAAAUACCCUGACUGUAGUACAUAUUAUAACUUGAUAUAGAACUGACCUUUCAAUGGCAUGAUAGAGUUGAACUAUUCCUUGCUGCGUCCAGUCUUUUCCAAGUUGUGGUAAAAUGUGACCAAGAGCAUCUGACCUGAAGGGUUACAAAGUUUGCGAAACAAUCUUCAGAAAUGGAACAUGACGAAGUUCUUAUAAGAAAUGUGACAGUUAGGUUAUUAGAUCCAAGAAGAGGCUUCAGGCACUCACAGAGUUCAAAUGCAAAGACGUUUUAUUGGAUCAAAAUGCAAAGAGCAACGUUUCGACCUAAACCAAGUUCUUGGUCAAGCGCAUAUAGACCUUGAAAAACUCUAUGAGCGCCUGAAGCCUUUACUUGGACAAAUCAUAUGCAACGGAUUUGCUGGUCCGGCUUAAAAUGCCCUGUGGUUUCUAGGAAUUGAGUGCAGUCUUCCUUCCUUUUUUGAGGUUAUUAUAGUGAGGUAUGUACUCACUUGGUGACUGUGCCAUCGAUAUCACUCACGAUGAUGCGAUCCUGGCUAUCCCAAAGAUAGAUCUGGGAUCGGGUGCGACAUGUCCCCUGAAAUUUAGUGCAAAUACUAAACACAACUUCAUUAGCCCCAUCUUGAAGGUUUAAACGUUCCUGUUGAGAGAGACAAUAAGAGUCAGGUGUUGCAAGAAAACCAGAGUACUUGCCAAUUAUUUUCACACAAGCUGGCCAAGAGCAUGAGAAAAAAAUAGUUGUUUUUUUCAGGUCAUCCACACGCCAGUCAAGAAUGUAGCGGAUAAUGUUACAACUUAGAGGAGGAUGACAAUGAGCACUGAGAAUAGGUAAAUUCAUAAACACGACUGCAGUGGAAAAGAAAAACCAUGUAUCCUACCAAAAGCGAGACGUAAUGAGACAAUAAUGUGAAGCUUCUACAAUGGAACUCUCACUUACUAUCUGCUCUGAAGUAAGACGUAGGGAUUUCCUGUACUGUGGAGGCUGUCCUGGUGUUUUGGAAGGCUCACUGGUAACAAUCGUCUCUGUCAACCUUCAAGUAAAACAUGAAAAAAGAUACUUGUCUAGGAAUACAGAAGAGAGACGAGAGAAAUGAAGGAAGGAAGACAACGGACUGAAAUAGGGCGACGAGGUCUCCCCUUUUUGGUAGAAAGGAAUUCUUGCCCUGAAAGAUGAUUUAAAAAAAUAAUAAUUUUGGAAAACGCUGAUCCUUUGCCGUGCAAUUAUAGUCCCAUUACUUUAAGAGGCAAGAAAAAAAUUGAGAGAACGUGAAAAACAGAUGGAGAAAUAAUUAAAGAAAAAAUCCUCACCUAUGUUGGUUGAGAUCUUCUUUCUGCUCCUCAGAUUCCUCAGUUUGGGGUGUUUGCUGCGUGAGUGAGAGUGAUGGAGAAAGUGGAGUGUGAGGUGGGGUAGGAAUGGAAGCACUGGGAUCAACUUAAAGGGAGAAUAUUAGAUUUAGGAGAAUGUAACGCUAUAAUAUAGAGAAAUCAAGAACUGUUUAAAGUAGGAAUGGAGAAAUUAUGAAUGGGAGAGACUGAGAAUAAACAACACAUUCUGGGAAUGAUGCCCGGUAACAUAGCUGCUUAUUGUGAAAUUUAAUGAAGAAGUAAAUCAGUUAGCGGGUUUUAUAUUAAGAUUUAAGUCAAUGUUAGGGGGUUACAUAUAAAGAAUUUGGUCAAUGUUAUUAAAGGGGUUUAAUAAGAAGAAUUUGAUCACUGUUAAGGGGUUUGAUAUGAAAAAUGAGGACAAUGUUAUUAAGAGGGUUUAAUAUGAAGAAUUAGGUGAAUGUUAUUAAGAGGGUUUAAUAUGAAGAAUUUGAUUAUUGUUCGAGAGUUUAAUAAGAAGACUUAGAUCGCUGUUAGGGAGUUUGAUAUGAAAAAUUAGAUCACUGAUAGGGGGUUUAAUAUAAAAUGUAUGUAAAUACUACAGGGUUUAUUAUAAGCUGCAGGCCAAUCUUAAAAUAAUUUGAAAAUACUAAGGAGAUUUUUAAAGAUGGCCGUAGUUGAUGUUUGUCGUAAGAUGCCAUUUAAAAAAAAAAAAAAUACAUUAGGAGUGGAAAAAAAAUGUAGUGGAAAUAUAAUUAGGGUUAUUUACUGAAGCGGGAAUUUGAAGUAAAUUUCAGCUUUAAGGUCAGAGUAGCCACACUAAAAGCAUAGCUGACUUAGAGAAUUGUUCCAGUUUGUUGACCUUAAAGUUGACCUUCACUUUGAAUGCUCACUUUACUAAAUAAACCUGGAUGUGAUUGUAAGAAGGAGAAAGUGUGAACAGACAAUAGUACAAAAGAUGGAGCAAUUAGAAAUAUAAAGUGACCCAUGGUUUUGACUGUGUGUGAAAUUAGUUCUGCACUGACAGAUUUUAUAUUCUCACCAUAUGUUGAGGGAGAUCCUUUCGGCGCCAUGAGAACCACCAUCUUCCUGAUCUGGGGGGCAUCUUUUGGUAGACAAGCUGAUUAACUAUGUCCUGGCAAAAUAAUAAAGUAUUAGAAACAGCCUGGCAGAAAGGUGAAAUAUAUCCGAUGGUAAGUGAUUUUACCUUGGGUAGGUUUUCAUUAAAAACCUGCUUACACAGGAUGAUAGGGGCAGCAGUCGCCCAGUUAUAAAACCUGAAAAUAUAGGGGAAAAUAAGACAAAGCAGAGAAUUAGAUGUAGAAAAGGAAAUGCAUACAUGAGGAUAAUAGUGGAGACAUGGAAUAAACACACAAAAAAAUCAUAUUGAAGCAAAGGUAUUAAAAAAAAAGCUAUAUAAAACCAAAUACUACGAUUCGAGUUUAAUGUCGGCCUUACUUGUCGUGUAUCCGUAACACCAAUCUAGUGUCUUCUAUAAGCAAAGGAUUUUUACAGAAUUCUGAAUACGAUAUCUGGUGUUUCAGGAACCUUUCUGUGUUUGGAGAAGAAAUAACUGAAAUGACUUUUACAGGAAAAAAAAUGAACACCCGAUUCAGUGUACCCGAUAGUACGACAGAGACAAAAAGUAAGAAUAUGCAAAACAUACAGGGAGCUACAGCGGGAUGCACGCUCCUUUAAUUCUCAACAUCUCACAAAACAUCAUUACUCGAGAAACCCAUGCAUACUUACCCAUGGGAAUGUCCCAGGUGUCUGUUAGCCCACCGCACAAUGACAGUUCUAUGUAGUUCUCCUGGUGCCUGACCAAUGCCUCCUCAUUCUCAUCCGAGUCUUGUUCAGAGAUUCUCUGGUGCGGAGGUGGGGCUGGCAGUGGGUACGGAUCACUGCAGUGACAGAAUUUGGGUUUUGAAUUUAGUUAAAAAAUAUUAUUACUUCCCAACUGUUCUGCAUUUCAACUGACCUAUUUGGGAAAUAGAGAGACACUUCCUGGGAUUCCGGAGAUAGAAGGUCCUCAGGCUUUGGAGUUGGUGGAUUAAUGGGAGGGUUGGCACAAGCUAGACGUGAAAAUCAGGUGAAAUGUCAACAUAGGAUAAUUAUUAUAAUUUAAAAAAAGAGGAUAGAAAGAAGAGAAAAUGGACCAAAAUGUAAUGAAGCUAAAAUGUUAUGGAGAGUAGAAGGCACACAAAAAAAUGAAACGGAAAUCUUUAACAUUUUAUGAAUGGAAAUUAGAUGAUUAGAUUAGAAAAAAAACUAGCUAAACAAAAAAAUAGACAUGUUUGACUAUUGAGACUGUAGUAGGAAAAACAUACAUAAACUAUUUCUUGAUUCUACUUUAGCUCACCAUCCUGGUUCAGGAUUUGGGGUGGGUCCUCCAGUGCUGUGGGACCCAGUGCAUCGUAGCUUGUUGUUGAAGGUUGGUCUGCUGGCUCUUGGAAGAAUGAAGAUUGUGACUUAAGAGUUUCCCAGUUGGUGGGGCUUGGGGGUGCAGAUUGUGAAAUUUGGGGUAUUAAUUCUGCCCGGCUCACCUG